UGUUUAAGAAAGGGAGAGAGAGAGAGAGAGAGAGAGAGAGAGAGAGAGAGAGAGAGAGAGAGAGAGAGAGAGAGAGAAGGGGAGUGGGGAGCAGCUGGCUCAACAGUGUUCACUCUGUGGGAGGAACAAGCAGAUGCUGCUGCUCGUGGUGUGCGUGGCAGCCUGCGUGGCUCUGCUGUGGUACACCCUGGUGUUCUUUGUCAUCCCGGCAUUGGUGCAGUACAACGGCACGCUAGCCCUGCUGUGGCACGAUGUGAUCGUGGAGCGCAGCCUGGACUGGCUGACCCGCUCCACGCGCCCGCAGCGGCUCCUCACCCACGUCAAGCAGAGAGCCAGGCGGGGCGACGCCCAGAGCGUCAUCACUACCAUCGACGACUACUGCAGGGCCAGGGAGUGGGCAAUGAACGUGGGGGACGAGAAAGGGUCGAUCCUGGACCAGGUGGUGUGCGAGGUGAGCCCCGACGUGGCACUCGAGCUCGGCACGUACUGCGGCUAUUCGAGCGUGCGCAUCGCCCGCCUGCUGCCCCCCGGAGCCAGGCUCCUCACCGUCGAGUUCAACCACGACUACGCCACCGUCGCCAGGGAGGUGAUCGACUGGGCCGGGCUGCAGGACAGGGUGCAGUUGCUGGAAGGGGCCUCCGGGGACCUGAUCCCACAGCUGAGGCAGAAACACGGGAUCGAAACGCUGGACUUCAUCUUCCUCGACCACUGGAAGGACCGCUACCUCCCAGACACCAGACUCCUGGAGGACUGUUCUCUGCUGCGGAGGGGCACCGUGCUGCUUGCUGACAAUGUGAUCUGUCCUGGGACCCCUGAUUACCUGGAGUACGUAAGGAGCAGCCCGCGCUACCAGAGCCAGUACUUCAGCUCACACCUGGAGUACACCAGGGCAGAGGACGGGCUGGAGAAAUCUGUAUUCCUGGGCUAGGAACCACACACCCCUUCCCUAAUCCUAACCCCAAUCCAACACCAAACCCAGACCCUAACCCCCAAGCCUAACCCAAAUCCAACACCAUACCCAGACCAUAACCUUACCCGAACCCAACCCAACGCCAUACCUAGACCUUAACCUUACCCCAACCCAACACCAUACCCAGACCUUAACCUUACCCCAACCCAACACCAUAGCAAGACCUUAACCUUACCCCAACACCAACCCAACACCAUACCCAGACCUCAACCUUACCCUUACCCCAACCCAACACCAUACCCAGACCCUAACCUUACCCCAACCCUAACCCCAACACCAUACCCAGACCUCAACCUUACCCUUACCCCAACCCCAACCCAACACCAUACCCAGACCCUAACCUUACCCCAACCCUAACCCCAACACCAUACCCAGACCUCAACCUUACCCCAACCCCAACCCAACACCAUACCCAGACCCUAACCUUACCCCAACCCUAACCCCAACACCAUACCCAAACCUUAACCUUACCCCAACCCCAAUCCAACACCAUACCCAGACCUUAACCUUACCCCAAACCAAUGCCAUACCAAGACCUUAACCUUACCCCAGCCCCAACCCAACACCAUACCCAGACCUCAACCUUACCCCAACCCAACACCAUACCCAGACCUUAACCUUACCCCAACACCAUAACCAGACCUUAACCUUACCCCAACCCCAAUCCAACACCAUACCCAGACCUUAACCUUACCCCAACCCCAAUUCAACACCAUACCCAGACCUUAACCUUACCCCAACACCAUAACCAGACCUUAACCUUACCCCAACCCCAAUCCAACACCAUACCCAGACCUUAACCUUACCCCAACCCCAAUCCAACACCAUACCGACCUUAACCUUACCCCAACCCCAACCCAACACCAUACCCAGACCCUAACCUUACCCCAACCCCAUAAUCCCAACACGUUUUUGCUUUUGUAACAUGCCACACACACACACACCAGAAUGGACGACACAGUGCCUCCCCUUUAAUAAGGCUUCCCUUUAAACCACAGAACCCGUUCUAAGACAGCAUGGCUCUGAUUUGUUCCAUAAUGCCGUUCCUCUCUAGCACUUUCACUCCAGGUUACAGGAGGAACACAAACAGCAUACCCUUGUAUCCAUGGCUCCUGGCCGAAGCCUGUAACACGACAGCACUGUGCUGGGACUGUGGUGUGGUGUGUGUGGGCAUGCUCCAAAAGGGAGGUCUGAUGGGCCAGUGACUCACUGCGCGUGACCCUGAGCAAGUCACUUCACCUCCUUGUGCUCCGUCCUUCGGAUGAGACGUCAAACAAACGAGGUCCUAUUGGAAGUGACUCUGCAGCAGCAGCAGUUGUUGAUGAUGUAUAGUUCACCCUCCUAGUCUCUAAGUCGCUUUGGAUAAAAACGUCUGCUAAAUGACUAAUUAAUAAUAAUAACAAUAACAAUCACACAACAGCGCCCUCUGGUGGAUACAAACAUCAUUACAAUCAGAUCACCAUCUCAGUGAUUAUACUUGUACUUCAAAGAGAUGAAUUCAGUCCCAUAGCAACAAGGGUCUGUGAAACCAGGCCCUGUGUGUAUGGGAAACGGCCAAGGACCGACUUACAUUCUAAGAGGGUGAUCACUUAGAGACGUCUUGUACGGUCAUGCUAAGUUGUAGAAAUAUGUCAGACGCGGUAAAUGUUUUUUUGUGUGACAGCUCUUCUUAAUGUGUGGUUUUUAACAAAUAAAUAAAUAAAAUAUG